GUAUGGACUGGAAGUUAUUCCUAUGAGUGAACAUUAGAAUAUUAUCUUCAUUGGAAUAUUGUUUUAUUAAGCAUUAAAUAAUGUUAAAAUGUUGCAGAUAAAUGAGUGUGUGAAUUAAGUGGAACGUGUCACCAGUAAGCACAGAAAUGAAUAAGCACAGGAUUCUGUCGGGUUACGAUAUUGUUGCUAAAGGAGCUACCAAGGUAGAGGCUACUCUUCCAGAGUUAGGCAUAAAAGAGGUGUUUCCAAAUAAGACAUGGUUGGAAAAUAAACAGAUACAAGCUGCGAUUGCGGCGAGAAGACAUCUUAUUCAAGUCGAACGCAUUGACAAAAGUGGAGUAUUGAAUCAUGCUGAGUGGAGAGAAGAGCUACAGCUGGCAGAGGUGACACAGAAUGUGGGAAGUUACUGGCAAUACUUGGGGCACAAUGUAGGGAAAACAUUGUAUCUUAAACCUGAGGAAGCUCUGUUUUUGUUGGAAACUGGCAGUCUUUUUCUUAAGUAUAAUGAUGUCAAAGUAUCACUACAGCAGGCUUAUUCUCUAUUAUUGCGAGACAGAAUCACACUUCUGCAAUACAAGGUAUAUGCAUCUCUAAGCCGUGUAGGAUACCGUGUUUACAGGCACAGUACACCUAAGACAAAUAGUAAGCAAAACGUUAAUAGCCAAAGAGAAGAAAAUGUAAUUCAAACAUCAAGAAGUAAAGAAGUUGAUACGAAAACUUCGGACAUUGCAAGUAUUGAAGAUAACAAACAAAAUAUCGGUAUCGUUGUUGAGAACCCUACUAAAGCCUUGACAGAAGACGUUUCACAAAUUAAAAGAGAAAAUGAAGAUUCAAUCAAUAAAAUUAAAACAUUGCAAGAAGAAUAUAGACAAUGCAGUAAUCAUAUAAAACACAAAAAAGUAUGUAGACUUAUAAAAUUGCAAAAAUUAAAAAAUCGGCUGCUAAAGCCAUGCAACACUGAGAUUUUACAUAAAUAUUUCGACAAUUUACCAGAUCUUUUAGAAAAGAAUUUUGUCAGUGUUAAAGCACCAGACAAAAAUUUAAUACCAAACCAAAUUAAUUUAAUCCAACCAGUUUACAAUGUUAAUCUCAAUAGUAUACAAAAUAUAGAAAGAAGUGCCAGACCUACAUCAACUGAAACAAAUAUUUAUAGUAUUAGUGACGAAGUCAAUGGUAGCCAUAUUAGAAGGUUAAGAAACACAGGCAAUAAAGCUGAAUCUAAUAUGACACCUUUACCUACUAAUACAGGUUUAGCAACACAACAAAACCCACAAUAUAGACCCUCUCCGUAUUGGAGACCAAAUAUGCCAUUUAACUAUUAUAACUUCAACAUGCUAUUCCAAAGACCGGUUCCACCUGGUUGGUCCCAGUUGGACCAGUUUGGUCCCAAUGUAAGCUUCCACCCUAGAAGUCAACCAGAGUUUUGGCGACCAAACUUUUGUAAUAAUUAUAGAAACCUGAUUAGAAAAUCGGUAAGAAAAGAUGCCAAAAAGCAACAUUUAGAUGGAAUAUUAAAACUAGCUGCUAGAUUAAAACAACUGAUGCUAAACGGGAAUACUCAAGAAGAAAACAUUUUAUCUCUACAAAGGCUUAUACAAACGUACAAUAUUAGGUAUAAGACUAAAGUGCGACUCAGUGCGACAUUUGAGAUUGUUAUUGAUGAGACUAUAUUAGAUACGAUAACACUAGACGACGACGAUGAAGGACCUAGUCCUAAAAGGCAUAAACCUAAUCCUGCAUUUGAAAAAAGUCUGAAGAAUUUAAAAGCAUUUGCUUUGAAACUGAAAGAGAUAGAAUAUAAAGACAAAUCUUCAGGACAGUAUAGAAGAGCUUUCUUUAAACUUCUCAAAAUAUUCAAUAAAUCAUAUAAAAAAGAUUAUUAUAUGAGUGAAGAUUAUGAACUUAAACGUCCUGAUCAAAUUGAUCUUGAUAGUUCAGAAUCAGAUUUAGAAUGUUAUAUAAAUGAUACUCCAAUAGUUAGUGGCAAAAAGUUAAAAAAUCCAUUUAAUAUACUAAAACGAUUAUCUGAAACGCAAAACUCGCCACAAACUGAAGUACCUCCAAACAGUAACACUCAUUUAAAAGCAGGAACUAGUAAAAAGUACAGUGAAGUAACUCUAAAAACUUUUACUAAAGCUUGGUUACCAAGAGAAGAUGAUUUUGGAAGAGCAGAUAUUAUAAGCAAUGAUCCUUGCAGUAAUGUAGUGACGGAUAUAAGAAGGGAAGAGAUUCUGUAUGAUUUUAUGAAGAUACAGACAUGUAAAUACGAUAAUUGGUUAGACCUUAAAAAGUCUUUCUUUAGCGGCAUUCAAGCAGCGAUUGCAGAAUUUCAAGAUGACCUGCCAACUAGAGCAAAAAUGAAAAUUGAUUCCAUCGUGGCUCCUGAAGCCUCCAAUGUAGAUAGUGUAUUCAGUAGAUUAAAUCAAAUAAAAAGUCUUCAGAGAGUAACGGAGGAAUGCAAUCUGGCCUUAGAUUUCGAUGUUUACAAUAGAGAUGUGCAAAAUUUUAAGAAAUCGAAUCGACCUACGCCACAUUUCCGCAUAAUAUGCCUCGAUGAAUCAAAAAACAUGCCAUCCGGAGAAGAAAUUGCAGCCCUGCAUUCUAAAUACUCUGAUCAAGUGGCCAUAGUGUUUGCGGUCGUCGGAAUUGACUCCAUUUCUUACGUUCAAAUUUAUCCAACCGAUUUACCGGAUCAAAUAUCUACUUAAAUUAAGUAAAGAGGAAUACUUUUCAGUGGGGAAAAUGCGUUGCGAUCUUAUGACGUCAUGUUUUCCUGCGUCUACCUCUCAAGAAUUUGCUAUGAUCCUUACUUAAUAUUAUAAAUUCGAAAGUG